AUGCGCGGAAGUCAGGUGGCCGAGAGUCGAGGCGCCGAAACGGGCACCAUGCUGGGCUCCAGAUGGUGCUCUGGAUCUCGGGCCUUCCCCUGGAUCCAGGUGCCCGUCCGCCGCCCGGCCCCAUGGCGCGGCGCCGCCGGCGGCACAGGCGGGGGCGGCGCCCUCUGGGCGCCGCGCAGCCUGUGCGCGGGCGGCGCGGCCGAGGGGAAAAAGGGUGGUUUAAGCGAGGCCUGCGCCCGUCUUUGGCGCGACGGUACCUCGCUGGAAGGGAGGUUCGCCGGGGCUUCUGGCGAGAAGCGUUUGGACCGCGCGGAGGGCGACUGCGACGGAGGCCUGACGCUGAACGGCGACGUGAAAUUCGCAAGCGCGUUGGGGUUGAGCCUGGGCCUGCGCGGCUUGUCCCUGACACGCGAGGGGUGCCAGCGCGACCGUCCGGGCGGCACGCCAGGCCCUGUGCAGGGCGCGCCUGAGGCGGCUGGGGUCUUCGUCGCGAAGGAGGAUCAUGGGCCAUGGGGCGAUGCCGUCGCGAAGGAGGACCAGGGGAGGGUCGAAGUCACCAUAUUCGGCCAGUUGUCGGAAGAAGUGGUCGGGGUCGGUUGCCUGCAGCCGAGCGUCGGCGCCAGGAUUCCACAGGCGUUGCCCGUGCGGGAGGUAGACGCCUGGAGGGGCGCCGGCGGCGGUGCCAGUUGCUGGGUCGGGCGGGUGCCUGCGCGCCUGAACCAGCGGCGCCCGUCGAGUGAGAACAUGGCCGUGCGGCGGUCCAAGUGGGCAUCCAUGGCGUCGCGGCGCGCGUCGCUCAUUUGCCCCACCUCGUUCCAAGGCUUCCUCGCAGAUUUCGUGCACGCGUCGCCUCUGGAGGUGUCGCGCGCCGUCUGGUUGCCCGCGAAUCUGUGGACUGGCCUUUCAGAGGUAGACACCGCGCGGAAUCCGAAACUUACCCGCGCCCGCGCGAGCAUGGAGUGGGCUGGGUUCGAGCAGGCCCCGCCCGCGGCCGCAUGGGCCGCGCGCGCGCCGUCUGGGCCGGAGCAUUCUUGCCGCGCGCCCUGCCUGAGGCCGGCGGCGCGCGCGCGGCGGGAGCUCGGCCCGCCUGCGGUCGGAGACCAUGGUCUAGUCGAGCUGGUCGAGCGCCUGAAAACGUUAGCCGAUGGGCCCCCCGCCUUGUCCAGUUUGAACUGCCGGGCGAAGGUCUGGCGCGCGGCCUGGCGCGUGGAGGUCGAGGGCGUGGCCUGGCGCGCAGGCGCAUUCAAGAAGAUCGCGGCCGAGGCCGAGGGGUGCACGGCCAUCAAAGCCGACGGAGAGCUGGCCAAGAACGACCCUGCGGACGCCCGCGGCACCAGUGCCCGCGUCGCGUUGAACGCGCGCGUGGACGGCAUGCGCCGCAUCGCUUGCGAUCCUGAACAUGGCGUUGGGAUCGUUGGCGCCGUCCACCACCUGCAUGGGGCCUGCAGCGGAGCCAUGGCCUCCGCGGGCUCGCGCGCUGGCCGGCGCGCCGCCCCGCUGCUCGCCGGCGCUGCGCUGCUGGGCGGCGGCGUGGCGCUGGGCGCGCGGGAGCUCAGCCGCGAGUUGCCGGCGCCGUGCAGAGUCGUGGCGUUGCACCUGCAGGAUCCAGCGGUGAGGAACCAGCUCGGUUUCUCUGCAGCCCCCUGGAGCUUGCGGCUGUGGCAUGGUCAGGUGGACGAAGUCUUCGCGCGGCUGACUGUGCCGCUGUUUGAGGUCCAGGCCCCCUUGCCCGAGCUGCUUCCCUGGCUCCGCGUUCCGCGGCGGCGCUCGGAGCUGCACGCGGCGCUCGAGAGGACGCCGUCUGGCGAGCGCCUCCGCUGGCUUCUCGAAGUGUCGCCGCCGCCCCUUCCGCAGUGCUUGGGCCUUCUCCUCUUCUUCGCGGGCGCGCGGGGCGCAGCGGGCCCUGGAACCGACACGAGGGCAGUGUUUGCCCAGUUCCGCUUUGCACGCAGGGGGUCCGAAUUCAUUUUAACUCCGUGCUCGUGCAGCCCGAUCCGACGCACGUUCCGCUUUGAUCCGAUGUCCCGCUUGGGGUCAUUCGUCCCUUGGCCUCGUUCCGCCGCUAUGCUCCCAGGCCCGUAG